UGAGAGCACCUUUAUAAAAAUAUUUGGGGAAAACAUUUUUGGGGAAAACAAAAAAGUUUGGAAGUUUUUCUUCAAGUGGGUGAUAAUUAAACUUCAGACAGUUUGUCAGUAACGACGAGCUAGGUAUAUGUAAGUUCUGUGAACGGUUUCUGUAAGCACUUCAAUGUGCUUGAUAUAGUGGUGUAGUGAAAAUAAGCUAGCUGAAAUUGUUUGCUAGCAUCAACGUUUGACCCUCGCUAACGGUUGAAGUCUGUUGUGACAUUUUGUUUGGACGUGGUUUUUCCUCGGCAGCAGCCUUGUGUUAUCAUCGACUCAUGUUUUUGUAACGUUAUGGUGUUGUGUUACUAAAUGUACUGCAUACGAAGAUGGAGGUGGCUGUUAAAGGGAAAGCCAAGAGGAAACAUUUGAAUGCACAGGAAUGCACACUGGGACAAAGUUCGAAGGGCACAGAUGCUCUCACCCAACCCCACACAUCCAAUCAGGGCCUGGGAAACCGUGACCCUAACUGGGGGCUUUACCCCAGGACACCCACAAAGCGAUGGAGGCCUGCAUCUGCCUCAGGAAGCCCCUCUGGGAAUCAGAAGGCCAUCAACGACUUCUUCGCUGUCACAAAAGUAAUCAGCACUAGUCCACACAAACCCGCUUUGCCUUCCACUUCCACAUUUCCUAAAGGAGGAUCAGAAGUUGUAGAAGAAGAAGAGGAUGACGAUGCUAGCCUGUUGUCAACCCCACUUGAACCGGGACCUGAGGCAGUGGAGGAGGAGGAGAUUGACGACAGUAGUCUUUUAGCUGCUGAGAUGGCUCCAGCGUAUGGAGCAGGUGGUGCCUCCAUGUCAGCUUUUGUGAUUGGAGCUGAGCGUGAGGAAAAGGUGGACCCAGAAAGGGAUUAUCUGGAGGGAAUGACAGCAGAGAUGUUUGGGGACGACAAGGAGUUUGACGAAUACUGUGUUAACGGUGAGGAGGAAGAGGUGGAGCCCCUUCCUGACUCCCACUAUGGACUUCUGGGCACCAGCAAUAUGUUGCUUCAACCUCAGGGCUGCAUAGACGACCUUCCUGAGGAGGUCCUGAGGCAAGUACUGUGUCUCAUUCCUGCUCAGGACCUCUAUCGUAACGUGAGCCAAGUCUGCAGUCGGUGGAGGAACAUCGUUCAAGACCCUAAGUUUGUGCCUUUCAAGAAGCAAUACUUCCGCUACAUGAUGAGAGAAAAGGAGAUGGUGCAGGAAAUCUUCCUCACUCUUAGUAGGGGUGGGAUAACACGUCAAGCAUCUUCAGAGCACUGCAUACGAAAUCUUGUUCUUUUCAUGGCUCGGUAUAAGAUUGGAGAGCGUGUGAGACCAGACGACAUUCUGGAGUGUGUUAAGAAACAUCGUCUUUUCCCUCUGGCUAAAGCGUCCAUCAGAUUACGUAUUCCUAACAUUAAGAAGUUUCUUCACCUUGGUAUUGAGGGUCCUAAUCCGUAUGCAGCCAUGGCUGUCAUUCUGAUCCUCAGUGAGAACGUGGAUGAUGUGCAAACCUUGGUGUCUCUGCUUUCUGGCUGCAUGUCACAAACAGCCAUCACAGAGUACCUCAGCCACAUGGCCACGAUGCUGCUCGCUUUAGAGAGGAACAACAUUCAGAUUAGCAACAAGUUACAUUACAACAUCUACUACGUACUUCACCUGUUGGAGAAUGGACCCUUUUCUGUUGGUUCUGGCCAGAACGGGUUGCCUCAGAUUCAUCUCACACGAGAACAGCAGCAAAUCCUCUGCCACAAAAUCCAACAGGACCACGUAGUCAAGAUAAUGGCGUUUGCAGGUACAGGAAAGACAACCACUCUGAUGAAGUACGCCGAACAGAAUCCACACCUCCGCUUCCUGUAUGUGGCUUUCAACAACUCUGUGGCUUGUGAGGCACGCCAACGCUUCCCCAGGAACGUCGACUGCAAGACUGUCCACUCGUUAGCCUAUAAUGAUGUUGGGAAGAGAUACACAUUUAACGGAAAGCUGGCUUUUAACGUGAAGCCGUUUUCCAUCAACUGCGUCCUGCCUUCUGGACAUGGUGGCUUCUCCAAGGCCAAAGUGAUAACGACGACUCUCAACGCCUUCAUGGCUUCAGCAGACCCGGAACUUACCAUCAGACAUGUACCCAAUGAGUACUUAGUUAGGAAAGGCAUCAAGCAUGUUAUAGACGAACAUGAAAAACAGCUUUUUGUCCAAGAUGCAAAGAUGAUCUGGAACAAGAUGAAGGAUCUUAAAGAGAAAUCAAAACACGCCUUUUACAUGACCCAUGAUGGUUACUUGAAGCUAUGGCAGCUCCAAAACCCAAGGCCUUGCUUGUCUGGCCGAUACGAUGUACUUUUCAUCGAUGAGGCCCAGGACUGUACUCCCGCCAUCUUGGAUGUGCUGCUGUCUCAGCGCUGUGGGAAAAUCCUAGUUGGAGAUCCCCAUCAGCAGAUCUACACUUUCAAAGGAGCCAUCAAUGCCUUGCACGCUGUUAACCACACUCACAUCUUCUACCUCACACAGAGUUUUCGAUUUGGGGCAGAAAUUGCCUAUGUGGGUGCCACCAUCCUCAAAAUUUGCAAGAAGGUUGAGAAGAUUCUUGUGGGAGGAAAACAGAAAGGUGGUGUGUGUGAUGAGACCGCCAACAAGGCUCUAGAGGCGAUGAGGUCAGGUGUGAGUCAGAUUCCAGGGAAAAUCGGCAUCUUAUCGCGAUGUAAUUUAGGAGUCUUCAGGGAGGCAGCCCGACUCACGGACGCAAAUCAACACUGUAGGAUCCACUUCAUAGGGGGUGUAAAAAACAUCGGGCUCGAUAAGAUCAUGGACAUCUACCACCUGAUGACUCAGCCAAAGGAAGAGCUAGCAAAGUUCAUCAAGGACCCCAUGAUUCGGUCUUUUGCAACGAGAACAACGAAAAAUCAACAAAACAAAGAAGAUCCCUUCUUGGCUUUUAAGAAGUAUGUCACACAAACUGAAGACAAAGAGCUGGAUGGAAAGCUGAGCAUCGUGGAGACUUACCAAAAGCGCAUUCCUGAGCUUGUGACACGUCUGAAAGGUUGCUCUGAAAGUGACAUUUGCAGAGCAGACUUCAUAGUUGGAACUGUCCACAAAGCCAAAGGUCUGGAGUUUGACACUGUGAUUGUCAAUGAUGACUUUGCCAGUGUCCCAUCCCCCAGACACGAGCUGGCUUACCAUCCUGAAUUCUCUUUUAGUAAGAUUCCUGAUGAUGAGUGGAACCUGCUGUACGUGGCGGUUACUCGUGCAAAGACUUCUGUGGUCAUUAGUAAAAACAUCCUCCGCAUCCUAACAAUAGCUGGGGAAUACUUCCUCAAGUCACAGAUGCCCAUUUCCGUGGCAGGCGGUGAUCCCCUCCCAUGCUCCAUCUCAAACUGUCCCAACUGCAUCACACCGGGAUCAUCGUUCACUAUGUACAAACAAAAGAUGCAAUGUACUAGUCAUACAACUCGUGAGGGGCCGCUGUGUGAGAGGUGUGUGUGGACGCGGGUCGGACCCAUCGCCUUCCUCAUGACAGACGACGUGCUUUCAAUGGCUGAAAUCCCAGCAAGACUUGAGCCCCCCAUCCACCACCCGUUUUUUGUUGAGCUGUUUUUUUAACACUAUGCUGGUGAGGACCUAAAAUAAAUGCAACGCUCUUUAAGGGGCAGUUGUGUGAACUUUUAGUUCCUUCUUACUGUGGAACUACCAGGGUUAUGUUUGGCCAUCUGAGACACUGAACCACAGAACAAACCGAGGACUGUUUUUAAUUUUCUUUGUGUGUUCUUUUUUAAAAGCUUGUAUUUUCUUGUUAUAGCAGUAGAAUUUAACUGGCGAGCUCAUUGUGAUGCUUUGAUCUGUGUGUAAAAGAAAACUCCUGGUAAUUUUUUCAACAUUGAAUUUUUUGGGAUUUGUCUUAUUUUUAUUUU